GCGUUCGAGGUGGUGCUGGUGGCCUGCUAUUCUAGUUGUGGUGACAGUUAUCCUAGCUAUGAUGGCUUACUCUUCUAGCUGUAGUAACGUUUUAUUCUAGCUGUUGUAGUGGUCUGCUGUCCUAGGUAUCCCUGCUGAUUCGUGUUCAGCGCAAACUUUAGUGUGGCAGUGAAAGUCGCCCCUGCCGCCCUAACGUGACCUUGUACCACAUAUUUAUCAUUUACGUGAUUGAAGUGCUUACGAAGUGCGGGAAAAGUGUGUUGUUUUUCAACCAGUAAUCCUGACAGCCAUUGCUCUGUGGAGUGGUUGUAAUUACUGUGUGUUGCUUUAAUAUAAUUGUUGCAAUGGGGUCUUCUUGCCUCAUCAAAACAUGUAAUGUGAAGAAGACUAAGGUGGGGGCGUCUUUCCACCGCCUGCCCUGGAAAUACCCAUGCCUGUUCCGCACCUUGCAACAUGUGUUUGGCAGCAACAACGUUCGUGAGUUGACGCGCUGGUCCAGGAUCUGCUCGCUGCAUAUUGCUCAGUUGGCUCCCCUGGCUACUUCUGACGAGGUAGUACGGCGGCUCAUGGAGUAUUACGCUUGGAACGCCCGCAGCUACAAGAGGAUCUUUGAAUUAUCCAAGAUUAAGCAGACCAGAGUUACGCAGGCUUUACUUAUAGAAGCCCUGAAUUGUGAGAGUGAUCACGUGGUUAGUGACAGUUUGGUCCUGCAGGACUUAGUCAAGAGUGGAGAGCUUGUAUUGAGAAGCUCUGAGUGUGUCCAGGGUCUGAAGCACCCAUGUUCAGACAGUGUUAGUGUAGUCAGUAGUAAGAGUGAGUCUUCUCUUCCUUUAGAGGAAGACGAAAAGGCUGGGGUUGCCCGUAAUUUACCUGUACAUGAUUCCAUGGAUCAUCGCCCACGCGGCCCAGUCCCACACCAUAGCAUGGCAACCCCAUAUACCCAACAUGUGGGACAAUAUCUGCUACAGUUGCUAGCAGGGGUUCUCGCAAACUCUGCAGACACAGGGUUGCACAGUAUGAUCCCGGAUGAGUGUGCGGCCGGAGCCAUGGACUCAACCAGGGAUCCGGACGUGUGCGUGGACGAGGCCUCUAAAUCGAAGAAAACGGGAUGUGGGGGCGGUGAUGGUGGUGGAGGGGAAGAACAAGACAUUAACGAUAACCACACUAAACUGUCCCCUCAGCACCAAGCUGCUACUGCUGCUGCUGCUGCUAGUAUCUUGACCAAUGGGGAAAUACAAACUAAAGACAGUGAAAGUAAAGAGGCACUUGAUGAGUCGAGUCGAACAAAUGACAGUGAAGAAGAAAGAGACAAUAAGAUGGAAGUGGAAGAAACAGAGGAACCUCAGGUGGAUGUUGAGGGUAGUGAAGAUGAGAAAGAUUCUAGUGAAGAUGAUGAAGAUAAGUUAGUGAUUAGCGAGGGAAAUGAAAGGGGGACAGAGGAAUCGGCUGAUGAAAACUCCAAAGGAGAAGCCCCAUUAAUAUCACAGAAAAGUCCAAGUAGAUCACCAACUCCAAAGGGGAGUGAAAAGCGACCGGCAGAGGAUGAAGCAGCUCCUGAAGUUGCAACCAAGAGACCAAGGCCCUUAGAGGACAUGGUAUCUCUUGAGUCUCUAACAUCAGUGUCACAGGUUGAGGGUUCUCUUGGUCAAGUGAAGCGUGAUCUAGAGGCAUUAGAGUUCUUGAUUAAGCAGAAAGAAGAAGAAUGGAACACACUCCUUAGAUUACAAAAACGUAAGGAAGAACUCUAUAUUCGAUUGGCAAGGCGGCGGCACGUUCUGCUCAUGAAGAGUGGCCAGGGUGAUGUAGAGGAAGUAGGGGGUAAGGUAGAGGAAGAAACCAGUGAAGAAGGGCGCAGUAACCUUAUGUUUCUACCCCAAGGAGGAUAUUCUUCCUUGGGUGGCCCCCAGUUACCUCUCAUGAUGAUGAGCCAGCUAAUUGCUGGCUCUGCUUCCCCGCAAGCUCUCCAGAUGCUGCCACAAGUUGUGACCACAAGAGACAGCAGCCAGGGAGAUAGUGGUGGCAGUAAUAACAUUAGUGUAAUAGACAUACAUACAAGUAGCAAUAAACCAGGGGGUGAAACACCUAAAGUAUCCAUGACUCAAGAAGCUCACAGCAAACUCACCAAGCAGCUCAGCUCAGGUUUGGCCUCCAUGAAACCUAUACUACCCAAACCAGCAGGGAGUAUAAGUGGAAUAUCUGGUCUCCCUUCUUCUUUAUCCUUCACAGCCACUGGUCAUGGACCUCAAGGACCCACAGUCAAUGUCCAGCAUUUAAUAGCAGCACAUCGAAAAGAAAACCCAAAUACUCCACCUAUCAGUUUAAAAAUUCCAACCAACAGGAGGGCCACAAGAGGAGCAUGGCGAAAUCGCUACGAUGGUGAUAAGCGAACAUCACGUGACCAGGAUCGUCCUCCAAGCGUGUCUAGCUCCAGUAGUGAUGCUGAUACACGAACCACACCUUCCUCCAAGAGUUUCCUGGCCAUGAGUGAUCCAUCUGUGUCAUAUAAAGAUGUACUCUUACGAUUUGCUGAGCUCACACAAAUAGAGAAACAACCUGGAUCUCCACAAAUCUCAAUUUUCCCUGUGGGUAGCAAUGAUGGAGGCUCUAAGAGGUCUGAUGGUAGCCGAGAAUCCACCCCUGUGAUGAGGGACCAGACUCCUCCCUCUCUUCCCUCUAGUAUUGUUCCAUCCACCACUAAAGCUAGUUUAGAAGCACCAUCAGCUUUAGCAAAGCUACUACUGGAAUCCCGGGCUAGUGCAUCCAGUGGCACUUUAGUCAAGGGUGUGAGUGAGAGUGCUUCAAACUCUCAGUACCUGACACUUUCUGCACUUCUCUCUGGCGGAUCCACCACAACUGUCAAAGACAAGUCUGCAGCACACUCCCAAUCUGAAAGUCGGAGCAAGAAAUCAAGCCAUCAGCCGGAAGAGGGGAGUGGUAACCCUAAGUGUCAAGGAUGCCACAAACAACGAGCACAGUUUGUGUGUGCUGGUUGUGGAAACCAGUGGUACUGCUCCAGGGAAUGCCAGGUGGCAGCUUGGGAGGACCACUCCGAGCACUGUAGUAACUAAUCAGUGGUGGACCUAUGUGUAUAUUUCCUAGACCGUACCUCCAGAUAACUGCAGAGAGGGGAUACAAGAUCACUACAAGCAAUUCUGAUUUUGUUGUGAAAAAAUCGUAAUUGCAAAAACAGUGCUGAAUCUAUUAAAAUAUUAAUGUUUGAUAAUUAACGCUGUGAAUUUUUUCACUACAAUUUAAAUUUAGUCAAUAGUAAAAGCAUUGUAUGGACCUUUAUGGGUGAUAAGUGUUGGAUUAUAUCUGUCCGCAAGACUAUAGAGUAAGAAAUCACUCUUGAUAAUGAUACUGUGAUAUUUAAGUGCAUUUUUUUGUAUACCAGAAAAGACUGUCAAUAAAAUUGUUUUUAUAUGAAUGCUACUGGCAGUGUCCAGAGAUUAUGUAGUGUGUGGAUCCUCAGUUUCCCUGUAAACAAUAUUGUAGCCUUACAGAAAUAUUUUCUUUUGAUAUUUACAAUUAUAGAAGUGGACUUUUAUGGAUAUGUAUUGAAAUACUAAUGGUAAUUAGUAGGUUUCUGGUAUGGUAUAGUUCACAGAAUAAAUGACCAGAGUAUAUUUUGUACAACACUAUUGCUUACAUACCAUUUUCAAAGCUAAAAAAAAAAAUAAAUAAAAAAAAUGAUUUUAAGAACAAAUGUUGCGCUAUUCAUUUUUGAUCAAGCAAAUAAAACCUUGUCUAUGAAUAUUGUAGAUGUAUUCAGGCAUUAAAAUUAUGCUUUCUCUUACUAUUUAAGUUCAUCUUGAAACUUAGUAUCUGCUUCUAUGAAAUUUUGACAACCUGUAAGUUUGUAAUGUCCUAAAGUAAUUGGAGAUAUAAAAAAAAAAAGCAUGAAUAUCUGUAAUGCCAUACAGCAUGUACUACGCUGACCAACUUGGCUGUUCUCUAAGUUUACAGUUGUGGCAUGUUUAAUCUGUUUUCAUGGCUGCUUUCUUCAUUAAUAACAGAAAUUGUCAAUAAUGUAAUUAUAUCUACAUUGGCCAUCACACAGUUCUCCUCUGGAUUUUCAUGUAUACCUUGUGGCUAGAAUUUUAUUGUACUUUAAUAUAUUUAUGUUCUUUCUCUUAAUUUGUUAUAUAAUCUAUAUCUACAUAUAGCUAUUUUGCCAUAACAUUUUCAUUGUAAAUUGAACCCUGUUUUUAGAUUGAAAUUUUUGUAUAAAUUUAAUUUUAUUUCAUUGGCUACAGUACAAUUUUAUUAAAGACUCAAUUUAUGGUUUGCAUUUUCAAACUCCUCUUUAGUUACCAAUCUCUGUUCUCAUUAUUUCUUCUGUUGAUAUUUUCUUUUAUGGAGAAGUAGAGGGCAUUAUAAACUGUCUUGAACCAGUACCAACUUGAUAAUGAUCUAAUACAAACCUUAAUUUCAUCUAGUUUUGCCUGCAACUACUUGGUUAGUUGCAAAAUGUUUUGUAUACUUCACAUUUCCUCUGCCUUAUUUUGCUUUCUCUUCAGUGUUUUACAUUAGUCAGUACUGUAUUGCUUUAGUAAUUUUAUCUUAGUUCAUACUUGGCAGACAAACCAACACCUCAGAAGUCAGCAACAGUAUAUUGGUUCCUCUUCAUUUAGUUGGGAAUGUAAUAAAAUGUUGCAUGUAGUGGAAUAGAAACUUUUUUUUUAAAGUCGCUGAGCCAUCAGCUCUUCCUAAAUGUAGCAGUGGUCAAAAAAACUGUUUUAAGAUCAUAUGCCCACCCUGUUUCUGAGUAGGUGAAAUGCACUCUUAAUGGAUCAAACUUUGCAUUAACAAACCAUGCCUUCGUUUAUUACACGAGAUGCUGGCAAUUAUAUUGACUUAAUACUUUAGAGGAUUAGAAGAAACUUAUGGUCAUGGGUUUUGAACUGUAUAACAUUGAAGAGACUGAUUAUAUUUAAAUUUUCUAGGUUACAAGGUAGUCUUAAAGUGAAAUAUUAGGAAUUUUUGUUAUUCUGCUGAUAUGAAAAAGAGCUGUACCUUAAAUUUUUAACAUUAAUUCUGAUAGGUUCAGGGAAGAGUUGCACUAUCUUAAGUUGUUAAACAAAUUCAAAAUAAAUAUCAUGAUCAUACUACAGUACUUGUAUUUCGAGUCCAAAUUCCCCUAUACAAUAUUCAAUGUGCAUGUUAAGGGCAGUUCUUUACUUUUUUCUUUCAGUAUGGCUAUGAAAUAACUAAUACAGUAGACCCUUGAGUAAUAUUUGUGAGGACUGGCACUUUAUUGAAAUAAGCAUGAUUCAGAGUGAAGAAUAUAUGGGAAAAAUAGGAUUACAUUCCUUGGUCCUUCAAAAAAAAAGAAAAAAAAAAAAAAAAAUGUGAAAGAAAGUCAAAAGAAGUAACUAUUUGACUAAAUUCUGGUGGCUGUUGCUUGUUGAUAUGCAAGUGUGUAGAGAGGGUUAAUGUGUCCCUGUACAAUACGAAUAAACAUGUAGCAAGCAGUAUCGACUAUUAUAUGGUGGCACCUUAUUGGGAAGGGGUGACAAUAAACUUGCCAUGAUUUUUUUAAGAGUGCCCCGAUUUCCAUAUAAGCACUAUAUGCAGCAUAAAAUAGCACAGAAGUUACAGCAUGAUCAACUAACAAAUGCUUGAGUCUUUUGAUAUGACACAUUAAGUCAAAUCAAAAGGUGACAAAUAUCCAUAGUAGAUAAUCAUGUAAUUAAUGACAUCAAUUGACUGUAUUGAGUAAAUUAAUCACUACAAUGUGUAGAUUACAAGUAACAACAUAAAAGUGUCAAUUUGCAACUGGGCUUCUCUUGGCAGACAUCACCACUUGACUGUUAUCAAUGUUUUCCCUGUGCAUGGUUUGGUAGAAUUACACUGUGUUACACUUUGCAUACUACUACUGUUCACUCCAUUAGCCAUAGGAAAAAAAAGGAAAUCACAGUCUGUAACAUCAUUAAGAAUCACUAAAAGGUUACAAGCUUACUGGGUAAGCUUAUAAAACAUGAAUAUAACACCUAGCCAAUGUCUCGCCUGCACUACUUAUGCUAGCUAGUACUAGUAGGGUAAACUCAGAAACCAGUUCAGUUUUAAUUCCUGUACAGCAGUCAAUGUAACUUUCUUGCCAUUGUGCCACAUUUUGAGAUGACUUUAUUCUGUAUUGUCAGAGUAAAUUUUUUUGUGGCACUCAUCACCUUUGAUCCCAUGAGGAUAUGAUCAUUUUUGUGGUCUUUGAUUUACUCAUAUUGAUGCAGAAUCUGAAAAUGGAGAUACACUGUUACAUCAGAGAAAUAUAAUGUAGUGAAAGAUGUUAAGAUAAUAUAAGCACAUACAAUACAUUUUGGUAAAUACUACUUUCCUAUAUGACAGCUAACCUAUACAGUGAACUAAAAAAAAUUGUCAAAAGUUUCCCCUUUCACAUUUUUACUCCUGUCACUUCAGGAAAAAAAAUUAUGAUUUGUGAAAUAUUAAACAAGUUUACAGUGUUUUGCAUACCAGUAUUUAUAAAAUGUAUGAAAACCAUUUAUUUAUUCUCACCAAAUUAUUAGUAGUAAGAAAUUAGCUCAUCUCAAACUCAAAUACUGAAGCAUUAUCAAAGACUCUGUCCUGAAAAAAAAUUGCACUGAAAAUGUUUAGUGUACUAGUCCUGGGAGAAAGCUGCCACCUGCACAAUCCCCACCAGUUAAUACACCUGUUUGCAUAAAUUCUGUAGUUUAGUUGUGGUGGCUCUUAAAACUCCCAACAACAACUUUGCAGAGGUGAUGCCUUCACAACUUUCUUCGUUAGUAACUUUUUUAAACAUCAUGACUAACAUAUUCAAUAACUGUAUAAUACAGUUAGAACACAUAAAUAACAAAGGCAUGGAAAUGUGUAAUGAUGAAUUAUAAUAUUUAAUAAAGCACUAAACCCAAAAGGGUUAAACAAUGUUAUUAUAGGUUACUAAAAUUGGUGAUUCACUCCCAACUUCACUACACACUUUAAGCAUAUCUAAUUCCUCAAUUUUCUUGGAAACCCCCCUUUUUUUUUUUUUUUUUUUUCCUUUUUUUUUUUUCUUAGGAUCUUUAGUAUCACUAUUAUUAUUUUUGGGUUCCAUGGUGAGAUGGGGAGCUGAUAAUGUCCAAAAUCAUUUGAUAAACACACUUGGUAAGUCCAAUAAUGCUGAGCCUCUUUUAGGCUUAGCGCUUCUUUUUGAUUAUAAUAAUAAUAAUGAGCCUCUUUUAAACAAUUAACCUCAUCAUGUGUGGCCACCAGCUGUUUUGCUCGUUGCUCUCAAAUCCAUAAAUUAUGGCUUUUGUAUCAGGAUAAUGAUCAAGGUAAUAUACUUCUUGAAUUGCAUGUUACUGAAUCAGCAUUACCAGAGGUUGUCUUACUGAAGGGUCUACUGUAUAACAAGUGUUAAUUAUGGACUUCAUGGCUAUUCAACAUCAAUUUGUUGUAACAGUUUUCAACACCAAUUGAGGCUUGUAAUGCUGUACAGUGUAUUAAUGUAGAUCAUUUUUAUUUUGAUGAAUUUAUACAAUUUAUGGGUACAAGGACAAUAUGCAGAAUAAAUCUUUCAUUGGGACAGUUAAAGGCUAUUUUGAAUAUUGCAUCUUCAUUCCUAUACCUGUUGGCAUUACACUUGUACAUCCUGUUGUGUAAUUUAUGGCAUCAUCUUUUUUUUUUUUCACCUAUUUUACGGUACCUGUCAAGGUGAAUCCUCAGAUAUUCUUUUGAGAUUUAAGAAUAAUCUGUUUCUCUACUGAACCAAGUUCCCAUUUAGAAAUCAUAAUUUCAAAGUGUCUAUAUAGGCAUACUUCACUAAUACAGCGGAUUAAGUUUCAGAUCACCAUAAAGCGAAUAUUGCCUUUUUUUUUCUACUUGUCAGUGUGUAUAAAAGCCUAAAAACAUGUUUAAACUAUCAUUAAGUGCGCAUUAGCACUAGGCCUAAAAAAAAUGAUGGAAAAGUAACAAUAAUAAAUAAAAACAAAUUUGAAAUUUGCCAAAAAUCAUUUUAAGAGCAAGGUAAGCAAAAAUAAUAAUAAGAAUAUAACUGAAAAGUGACGAAUUAGCAAAACCCUCUAAAGUGAGUACUGUAUUAAUGAGGUAUACCUGUAUUUCUUAAUUAAAAGAAGCUUUGAAAUUAAGAUAAAUAUACACAAGUCAUAUAAGAAUAUGACUCAACAGACUGAUCAUAGCCUCUUAAUUUUAUUGAGAGUAAAAUCUAACACACGAUUAGUAAAUACUGGUAUCUAUGAGCUCUACCCGUCCUGUAGUUUGUGGCUCUCCCAGUUUGAAGGAAAAUGUAAAUUACGAAAAAGUUUACAAGAUUCUUUAGAAGAAUGAGAGCAUGAUCGACUGCAUUCUGGUCACGCCCCCCCCCCCCCCUCUUUUUUUUCUGCAUUUUGCUUUAAGUUAACAUCAGAUUUUACUAUUGUUUUGUUAAGCAUGUCAUUGUUUAGAGCCUCUUUGCUCUGUAUAACUAAAACAUUCAGUUCUCUUAAGUAGGUUGUGAGCUAGCUUAUAGUCACAUGUUGACUUGAGUAACAUCAAACAGUGAUGUGGAUUUUCUGUUACUUAACUACUAUAUAGGUUAAAUCAAGCAGAUAAUUUAUGGGAGAAAGUCAUUUGCAGUCCUACAUAGCCUUAGUACAAAUGUAUAGCUUAGUGCAGCUCAUCAUUUUUUAUUAUAAUUAUUCUUCCUCGUACAUUUUGCAGGGAUGUUUUGUUAUGUCAUUGUCUAUAUUAUACAUCUGAAAUAUUAUUCAACUAUGCCAACCUUGAAUUUUAAGUAAUGCAGCUUCCUCAUUUUCUAUCAGUUAUUUAUUUUUUCCCAGUUAACAGUGUCUGACAGACUAGUUUUAUUAAAAUUGUCAAGAAUGAUUAAGAAUGGUCCUGUUUACGAUGAUAAGCUAUCUGUUCUUAAACAUGGUAAUGAGGGAGCCAAACCCACAGACAGAAACAAUAGGUUAUCUAUGUUGUGACCUUCACCUGGGGUUCUUUUCAGCCGAUACUUUGAUUGGAGGUUAAAAUAUACACACAACCUGCUUCUGUCUCCACGUGGGUUUGGAUCUCUCAUUGACAAGUGUUCAUUACACUUUGACAUUUCAACAUGGCAAUAUGUUUCUAGUCAUUAUGUCAAAAACUAGCAUACAAUACUGCAUUUUUUCCUUGCUUUAAAUAUGUAGUCAGACAUGGUACAGUGUAAGGUUGAGAGAGGUGGUAACCAUUCUUCCACUUAGCCAAAAAUUUCUCUCUUUACCUGCCAUAUUUUGCAAGAUCUUAAAGGCUUUUUUCUACUCUCUAAGCAUUAUCAUCAUUACACAUGUUUCGUACUAUUUUUUUGUGGGUUUAAUACUUUCCACAAAUUACGUAGUUUCACUAUUUUCGAUUUUUUUUUUUUAUAGAUUUGUCACAUGUCCUUUCUUAUAGGUUCUUAUGAAAGUAAAAUAAUAUAAUGUCCUUAUUAAGAUCAUUCAUCAUUGUAUUAUUGUUGUAGUGGUUGAGGUUAAUUCAUGCAACAUAAAUUAUCAGUUAAAAACUUCUUGAAAUAUUCGACAUGAUUCUUGCAGGAUGUUUAAUGUCUUCUUGUAUAUGCAGUAUUAAUUCUGCAUUGCAGAAUUUUAUAUAAUUUUUUUUUAUUUAGCAUAUAGUUUUCUUGGUGAUGAAGCAUCUUGAUUAAGCAUAAUUGUGUAUUAUAUAAUUUUUUUUGGUCUUCACUGUACCUAGUAAAUUUAGCUAUCACCUUAGAAUGUAUUUAAUAUUACUUUUCAGACUAAGCAUAAAUCAGAGUUUGCUUAUGAGCCAAGUAUAUAUUAUAUACUGUAUUUUAUAAAAAAAAAAAAUAAAAAAUAAACUGCAUAUAUUAUUACAGAGGGGAAAGUACUCAAAUCAUAAG